CGUCAAGUUAGGUCGGCGGCGGCUGGGGCUGAGGAGGAGGAGGAGGAGGGGAGGAAGGAAGGAAGGAGGUGGCGGCGGCGGCGGCGGGGGGAGAAAAACCACACAGAACCGCCCCGGUCAAAAGAGCGAGGGAGGCCCGGCCAAGCUGACGGAGCCAGGCCGCUGCCGCCGCCUCCUCUCCCUCCCGUUCGCCGCCGUCGCCGGUGGGCGGGUGGGCGGCAGCCAUGACGCUGGAGUCCAUGAUGGCCUGUUGCCUCAGCGACGAGGUGAAGGAGUCGAAGCGCAUCAACGCCGAGAUCGAGAAGCAGCUGCGGAGGGACAAGCGCGACGCCCGCCGGGAGCUCAAGCUCCUCUUGCUCGGUCAGUCCUGAGGGGAAGGAAAGAGGGAGGGAGGGAGGGAGGGAGGGGCGCGCGCGGACGGAGACACACACACCCUCCGAAGUGGGGGGGGGGCUCCCCAUCCCGACAGCCCCACCACCCCAAUCGAUGCCCGUUAGGAACCGAACCGGAACAAGAAAACCCUCCACGGGGCCUCCGUUGAAUGUCCGCCUUGCCUUGCCUACCCCCCAUGCUUAUAUAUUAUAUACACACGCACAAAUCUAAUAUAUAUAUAUAGAUACAAAUAUGCAUGUGUACACACACACAAUGUAUACACACAGAUACAGGCAUAGGUAUAAAUAUGCCUUGCCCACCCCCCAUGCUUAUAUAUUAUAUACACACGCACAAAACUAAUAUAUAUAUAUAUACACACAUAUAUGCAUGUGUACACACACACACAAUGUAUAUACACAGAUAGGAACCGAACCGGAACAAGAAAACCCUCCACGGGGCCUCCUUUGAAUGUCCGCCUUGCCUUGCCUACCCCCCAUGCUUAUAUAUUAUAUAUACACGCACAAAUCUAAUAUAUAUAUACACAUAUAUGCACGUGUACACACACACAAUGUAUAUACACAGAUACAUAUCGCGGCCCGUUAGGAACCGAACCCAUGCUUUAUAUAUAUAUAUAUAUGUAUAUAUAUAUAUAUACACACGCAUAUACACAAAACUAACAUAUAGAUACAAAUAUGCAUGUGUACACACACAGAAUGUAUACAUACAGAUACAGGUAUAGGUAUAAAUAUGCCUUGCCCACCCCCCAUGCUUAUAUAUUAUAUACACACGCACAAAACUAAUAUAUAUAUACAUAUAUGCAUGUGUACACACCCACAAUGUAUAUACACAGAUACAUAUCGCGGCCCGUUAGGAACCGAACCGAAACCAAAAACCCUCCACGGGGCCUCCUUUGAAUGUCCGCCUUGCCCACCCAUGCUUUAUAUAUAUUUAUAUAUAUGUGUAUAUAUAUAUAUAUAUACACACACACACACACACAUAUACGCAAAACUAACAUAUAGAUACAAAUAUGCAUGUGUACACACACAGAAUGUAUACACACAGAUACAGAUACAGGUAUAGGUAUAAAUAUGCCUUGCCCACCCCCCAUGCUUAUAUAUUAUAUACACACGCACAAAACUAAUAUAUACAUACAUAUAUGCAUAUGUACACACACACACACAAUGUAUAUACACAGAUACAUAUCGCGGCCCGUUAGGAACCGAACCGAAACCAAAAACCCUCCACGGGGCCUCCUUUGAAUGUCCGCCUUGCCCACCCAUGCUUUUUAUAUAUAUAGAUAUAUAGAUAUACACACACGCACACACACACGCACAAAACUAAUAUAUAUAUACAUAUAUGUGUGUGUACACACACAGAAUGUAUACACACAGAUACAUAUACAGGUAUAGAUAUGCCUCGCCCACCCCACCCAUGCUUGUAUAUAUACUGUACAGUAUACAGAAAAAAAGUAUAUGGAUUCACACAUGUAAUAUAUAUGUAAACACACAAGAAAAUGUAAACACACACGUAUAUAUGCCACCCCUCACCCAUACAUAUAGACAGAGAUAUGUACAUGCACGCAUAAAUAUGUACACACAGAAAAUGUAUGCACACACAUAUAUUUAUGUCUUCCCCCACUCCACCCCCCAUGGGUACACACACACACACACACACACACACACACACACAAAAAAAAAGAUAUGCACCCAAAUGUGUAUAUAAAUGUACACUCAAAAAUGUAUACAUAUAUACACACAUACAGUGGUGCCUCGCAAGACGAAAUUAAUCCGUUCCGCGAGAGUCUUCGUCUAGCGGUUUUUUCGUCUUGCGAAGCAAGCCCAUUGACGGAUUAGCGCUAUUAGCGCUAUUAGCGGUUUAGCGGCUAUUAAAGGCUUAAAGGCUUAGGGGAUUAGCUGCUAAAAGGCUAGCUAAAAGGCUAUUAAAGGCUUAGCAGAUUAGAUAAAGGGGAAAGCGAAAAAAAAUCUCAAGACUCGCAAGGUAUUUUCGUCUUGCGAAGCAAGCCCAUAGGGGAAUUCGUCCUGCGAAGCAACUUCAAAACGGAAAACCCUUUCGUCUAGCGGUUUUUCCGUCUUGCGAGGCAUUCGUCUUGCGGGGCACCACUGUAUACACAUGCAUACACACACACACAUAUAUAUGUACACACAGAAAUAUGUACAUAUGUAUAUAUAAUUAAUAAUAAUAUUUUUAUUCUUUAUAACCCACCCAUCUGGCUGGGUUUCCCCAGCUACUCUGGGUGGCUUACAACACAUAAAAAAUGGUGAAGCAUUAAACAUUUUUUAAAAAAUCCCGAUACAGGAUUGUCUUCAGAUGUCUUCUGAAAGUUGGAUAGUUGUUUGUUUCCUUGACAUCUGAUGGGAGGGCGUUCCAGAGGGUGGGCGCUACUGGAAGGCUCUCUUCCAGUACACACACAAAUAUGUACACACACACAUAUAGAGCAAAGAUAUGUGUGUGUGUGUAUACAUAUGUAGAGAUAUAGCUAUAGGUAUACACACACACAAAUCUUUCUAUCUAAACUAAAAUCAUAGAAUCGUAGUGUUGGGGGGAACCAAGGGGGAUCAUCUAGUUCAACACCCCCCCCCCAAAGCAGGAAUGUGUGCUUUUUGCCCAAUGCGGGGCUUGAACCCAUGGCCCCGAGUCUGAGCUACCCCAUAGAUGCAACUGCAACACCUGUCCCCCAUGUGGUAUCUCACAGGGACCGCCGCAUCCCCAUAGUCACCUUUGACUGGACUUAACCACCCAAGGGUCAUUUGCCUUUUUUAAAAACCUUUUAAUAUGUGCCCACGCACACACACACGUGUAUGUAUAUAUUGAACAAAAUAAUUGCUGCAUAAUCACAAUUCAUUAGACGAGUUAUUGAACAAAAUAAAUUAAAAACCGCUGCUCUAGGUCCGAUGAAGAAAAGGGCACAUGAAUAGUCUUUGGCAUCAUCUUCAACGUCGUUUGCUAUCUGCCGUGGAUGCUUUAGUGGAGAUUCACACGUUGCAGGGAGUUGGACUAGAUGGCCCUUGGGGUCCCUUCCAAUUCUUUAAGAUUAUAUAUGUGCAUAGAGUGAGUGAACAUAUACAUCUGUAUACAUAUGUACACACACAUACCUAUAGAUACACAUACACAGGCACACACAGCUAUAUACAUAUACAUACAUAGAUUUAUUAUUAUUUAUUAAAUUGUUGUUCACUUUAAAUUGGCCAGGACAACCUAAAGCAACUUACAACCAACCAAAAAACCCCACUGAGAUGCAUUAAAACCAAUACAUUAGAACAUCUCUCUCUCUAGGUUGAAUCCAAACUAAGUUUUAAGAGUAGACUCGCCAGAAAAAAACCUCAGUGUGUCUUAAGGAAACCAUGUACAUUUAUUCCAAUGAGUCCACUCUCUUAAUGUCUUCAUGCAAAGGCAUCCUGGGUUGAAGCCGAAGUUUCACUCGUGAGUAGGCCCAGCUGUCAAGAAAUCACAAGUCAGUUGUGCCCAUUUCAUUCUAAUAGAUCUUCAGAGUCAACCCAUAAUGUCUUAGCAUUAAGUUCUGCUCAAGAGUAGAUCCGCUGGAGAAAUCAUUGGACCUAAGGAAAUUAUGUGCAUUUUGUGUAAUGUAAAUAAUUUUUAAUGGAUUUGUUGUUACUAAAGUUGGAUACAGCCCAUAAAUGGAUGCUAAGAAUGGUGGCCUAUUGAAGUUAAUGGGUUGUGUCCAAUGUUAGCCUUGAUUUGAGUAGACUAAUUGGAGAUAAAUGACUCCGCUAAUGGGUCCAUUGACUUCAGUGGUCUGCUCUGAGUAAAGAUGCAAGUUUGGUUCAACCAAUUAACAUCAGUGGGUUUACAUCCUUAGUAUUAGCUUCUGAGUUGUAUCCUUGGUAGACUCGUUGAAAUUUGCUUGUGUCUGUGAAAUAUCCAUGAUUUACCUGGGGCCUUUGAUUUUCGGUGGGUUCACUCUUGAGUAGAACUUAGUUGGAUUCAACCUGAGAUGUCUUAGAAUUCAAGUGCAUUACUGACUUGGGUCCAUAGACGUCGACAGAUCUACUCUGAGUAGAACUUAGUUGUAUGCAACCUAUUAAUUUCAGUUGAUAUAGCAUUCUUUUAGCCCCUGAGUAGCAUCCUUGGUUUUCAGUUUACAGUAUAGGUUGCAUCCAACGUUACUCGCACUUUGAGUAGGCCCAUUUAAAUUAAAUGAGUUUAAGGCCCCUUGAUACCAGUGGUUCUACUCUUAUAAAAGGGCAUAAAUAUAACCUGUUGUUACUAUUUUUAAAACCCAAACUUAAAACACACCAGUAGUCUAUCCUUUCUGAAAUUUUAAGUUCUUCUGAGGUCCAUUAACUGCAGUGGAUCUGCUUUGCAUAGUAUCUUGUUAGGUGAAACUCAUGUUGUAAGUGCAUGCAUCCCUAUUUCAUUUCCUCGUUGACUUUCAUGUAGGUUUAUCCCUGUGUGCCUUUAACUUUCAGUUGUGUCCAAUUAAGUUCUGCUUUGAGUAUAUAGACAUGACUAACUUAGAUCCAUUCAUUUCAGUGGGUCUGUUCUGAGUAGGGGAUGGUUGGAUACAAUUCUGUUAUGGGCAAUACGCUAUAUGUUUAUGUACAUACACUCAAACAUAACACACACACACACACACACAAGAAUGUGUAUAUAUGUUUAUUUUAUGUGUGUAAUACAACUGCAGCUGCUUAGCUAUUUUAUUUUUUAAAACAUUAAUAUACUGCUUGAUUGUAGAAAAUUUCAGAACGGGUAUACAAAAUAUAUAUUGCUGCUUAUUUGUCCUUAUAAUGUUAUGCACAUACAUUUACAGAUGUGUGCAACAUGGCAACCUAUAUAUGUAUACAGUAUUAGGCUCUAUCCUACCACUUUAAACCGUCAUGACUUCCCCAAAAGAAUCACGAGAACUGUAAUUUGUUAAAGGUGCUGAGACUCUGUAUUCCCUUCAUGGAGCUACAAUUUCCAGAGUUGUGUAACAGUAAAUCCCUCUUUCUAGGAAACUGGGAAUUGUAGCUGUGGGGAAUAAGUAUCUCUUAGCAGCUCUUAGUGCCUUAAAUGGGGCCUUACAGUCUCAAACAUCAUCUCCCUGUUCUCUCUUCUAAGGAACUUAGGGUGUGGUAUAUUUCUCUUCCUGCUGUUUUUUUUUUUUAAUCCUUGCAACAACCUUGUCAGGUACAAAGAGAGAGGCAGACUUUUUUCCAACUAAGAACUUCCUCUCCAUAUCAAUCCUUUAAAGACAAACUAAACAUAAGAAUCUCCUUCUCUUUGUAUGCUUAAAUGUGUAUGCCCCUUUCUUCUCUUCCACUCUUUCCCUCUCCCUUAUUUUUAGCAUAACCACAGCCCAGUGGAGCAGGUCAGGUCGAAAGAGAAUGUGGCAGAAUCUCUUCUACUGUUUACACACAAAUAACUUCCCUUCUAUAUUGCCUCCUCAAUAAGAAACCAAACAUAAGCCUGCCUUCUAAUCUUCCUAGUAGAUUUAAAUCUAUUUACUCAUUUGUGUACAUUAUCCCCUCAGAGCUUAAGGUGGUGUCUGUGGCUUUUGUCCUUCCACCUUUCUCCCUCCCUCAUUUUUUUAUCCUCACAAUAAUGCUGUGAGGUAGGUUAGGAGGAGACCAGGAAUUUGUCCCCACAUCUUCUCAAGAGCAAAUCAACCACCCAAGUGCACCUACUCAUAUCCCUCUUCUGGGGUCUUCUCACCACAUGCAGAGUAACAGGUGGGCUUUAUUGGAGUCUCUCAUCCAGUGUUAGAAACUCAGAUAUAUAUAAGCUAGGUGCCAAAUGGCUCCUUAAACUAAGGUUACAAUUGCGAAAACAGAAUGUCUAGUUGCCAUUUGGGGCAAGGCGGUUCUAAAGUCUUAUUUGUCAAAUGUGAUUGAUUAUCAGUUAAACAUCUGGCUAGUCCAGAGGACAGCCUUGAGCUUGGAGAACUUAAAGAAAAAUCACUUUAUUCAGGGACUGUCCACAUAUAUAUUGCCAUAUUCCUACCUCCUUUUCUUAAUGAUGACUUGGACCAUUCAUAACGUAUGAAUAUUCUACACAACUGUGAGCAGGGCAUUGGGGUGCGGGGUGGGGAGUGAAGACUAGCAACAAGAAUUAAUUAUAACUUUCACUUCUCCUGCUCAGGCUGCCCAGAAAAAGCAUUUUGGUUCCUGAAAUUUGUUCUGAUUGUGCAGAUAAAAUAUCUGAUAGAAUUCAACAGGAUGGGGUAUGAGUGUUUUAAAACAGUCAACAUCCAAUGACCCCGAAGCAUAUUUUGGAGAUUUCAGGCGCCAUCCUUGCGCCCAGGCAUCUUCACUUGGUCGCAAGUGAAUUUUGAAUACUGGCAAAUUUUGAAUACUGCUCUCACCCUGCCGCUUCUCUUCCUCUUCCUGAUAGUUCCCUCUUCACCCCAUAGCAUCUAAUUCCCAGUCGUCCUCGGCUAGCAUUCCACAUUGGUAUUUUAUUAACGACAGAAUUAUUGAGAACAGGAAUUACUUUCUUAGAUUUAUUUAUAUGACACUCCUUAGCUUUUUUUAUUUCUCCCAAAAGCUCUUGCUCCCUUCUUCCCCAUUAAGGACCUUCCACCUCUCCUUGAUGAGCAAGAUCGGUGGCUUCAGGAGCCACAGAGCACUGGGUGUCAGUUGGGGGUAAAAUAAAAGUGGCUGGUGGAGUAAACUGACGUGCUUGAACCCAAGUGCUACCUGUGGCUCUCCAGAUGUAGGUGAACUCCACCUGCAAUGUAGUCGUUGUCCCGCAACAUCUUGAUCCCAUUCCAUUUUGAGCAUGUGUGCAUGGAGUAAGGGUUGGUACCUAAUGUAAUUUCAUAGUCACAGCAUACGCGUUGAAAUCGGUGGCCUUGCAUCACUGAAGUCCUGUUGAUUUAGUAGGUCCAUUCAGAGUUUGACUUGGUUGGAUGUCACCUAAGAAGUGGGGGAGGUUGGGGGCGCCCUUCAUAGGGGUGGAGACUGCUGGUUGUUUCGAAGCAGGAUAUAGAAGUUUUGGGAACAAAAAUAAUUAUCAGAGGGGUAGCCAGAGCGCUGAAAGUCGAACUGUCAUGGUGGAGGGUUCUGCUGUCAGAAAAUGCAAGUCCCUUUGUGAGUCUUACUGACUAAAGGAGCAGACUGUAAGAAGCAGUCGGUUCUAUUAUAUAAUGCAGCUCUUCCUGGGAUUUAUAUUCCACUCCCUAGCCAAGGAGACUCUCGUUGAGGCUCCCUUUCCUGACAGCUGACUUCCUUUCCUUCUCAGAAUUGCUGCAUUUUUAAAUUAUUUUUAAAAAACGAAACAAAAUAGAAUCGAAAGUAAGGGCCCCGCCUCAGUUAAGAACACCACACUCUCUCAAACAACUUCAUUCUUGGCCCUUUUCAUCACGUCUCUCCAGAAUUUUUCCCUAGGAUUUAUAUCCUGCUUCCUAGCCAAAAGACUGCCAUGGUGGCUCUUCUUCCUGAUAUCCGCCUUCCUGCUAACCCCCCCCCCCCUUUCCAUAAUUGCCUCCAUCUGUGUGUGUGGAAUGUUUGCCUUCCUCCCUAAGGCAUAGAAUCCAAGGCAUGAAUAUUUCUUCUCUCUCCCCCCCCCCUCCAUUUCCAGCCUUUCUGACGACUCUCUUCUUCCUUUUUGACAUCUUCCCAUCCUCUUUGGGCACAUAGCGACCUCAUACCUCAACUUUCAGCCUGUACUAUAUGCUCCAAGGCGCUCUCUCGCCUUGUGUCCGCCCCACCUCCCUGUGUGCCAGGCGUUUAGUAGUGCCACCUCUGCAACCCACACCUUUCCAGGCUACCAGCCCUGUAAAUGCUCACCUCUUGUAGAAUAUUCCUUCUGCCCUCCAUCCACUUUCUGCUCCUACUGCUACCCCUCCCAAAUGUAGUGUAGCACAGUAACGUGUCUCUUCAGAUGAGAGAGAAACAACCUUAACAUUUUUAAGCUGCAGCAAAAUAAAAAAUUAAGCAGUUGGUUUCGAACUUUAGGUGCCAACCCAGACUGAAAGCAGUUAUGAAUAUGGUUAAACUAGCAGAGUGUUUCUCUUGAGCGUCUCUUCGUUUUGAGGCGGCGAUUCUCUCCUCCUAGUUGAGAGUUCUUUGGCCUCUAAAUAUGACCCCGAGGAGCGAAGGACUGGUUGAAAUGUGGCUUGAUGAGAUGUAGACCUCUUCUGGGCUUGCUUUCUAGGUUCACAAAGUUGUAAUCCUUCUCUCAGCUUAACGUUCAAGCCAUUUUUAAACCUGAAAUAAUCCUUCGAAGGAAGCAGCUUGUGGUAGUCUUGCUUCUGACCCUCUAGCUCAGAGGGAGCCAGUAUUGUGUACUCCAGAUGUUGUUGGACUCAAACAAUCUGGUAAAAUAAAAUGGGGGUCCCUGCUUAACUUCUAAAGUUAAGUUAUUUGUAUCCAGGUACUCCAUCUCCUUAAACCCAUAUAAAUGUGCAGGGGAUAGUUGUCCUAACUUGGCUCAGUACAUGGGCACAAUCUUAUUUUUACAUUGAUUUUCAUAACUUAGUCCUGGCAGUAACUAGCGUUGGGAGUUUUGCUGUGACGCAAAUUAAAAUCAUAAAUGUUCCAGCGCUUCACAAUCUUCAGGCUGAAUAGCCUUAAUAAGAAAUUUGGGGGAACUUGAUCUCGCUACAAGGAUACCUUUGACCCUCAAAGCAAAGUUUCUAAUAAAAUUGUGCUGUACCGUCCGACUAGUACCACACCAGUCUGCCAAACUAGGAAAUUAUGGAGAUCAAACUGUGUUUGGAUGUAUUUAGAGAGUGCGGAGCUAAUUUGAGUCCAUUGAGCUACCUAAAGGUUUUUGAACUAUAGUUGCUGCCUUUCCAACAUGAAAUUGGUCUACAACUGACCUAUCGUUUUCUUUAUGUGGUCCUGGGUGCCUCAACUAAGGCUGGAAAAUCCCAAGCUUUUGUCCAGGUUAUUUUAAAAAAAGAAAGGGUGCCAUUAUUUAUACACUCAGAUGUUUUUGCACUCCCUCACGUGUUCAGAAAUACAUUGGUAUGAAAACUGAGAAUUCAAAGCUUCAGGUUUCCUUGUGCUCUGCUUGCGACUAUACCUGCUGGUGGAAGAGGGGUGCUCAUCUUUUGAAGCAGGAAACUCUGACAUCUCCUUGGUUACAUGGUAACUUUCAAAAGUUUUUUUUUCCUUCCCAGAAUCUAGUCCCCAAGCAAGUAGCAGGGUGUUCCCUGUAGCUGGUAGCCAUUGGCAAUCAAAAGUUAUUUUACCGGGAUAUUCUGCCCCCUACCCCAUAGCAGCUAUUUCAAAAAAACUUUUUUUGUUUUGUUUUGUUUUGUUUUUUGGCGCAAUUGGCUGUUCAGAAGUCAUGAUGUGUUUAUCUCUUCUUGGUAAUGUCCCCAUUACAGUAUUAUCUUUUCUAUAUGGGAUUUAUUUUUAGGAGAUAUAUAUUUAUAUAUAUUUUUAAAGGACUGGCAGUUGCUAACUUGGAGGUGUGUCUGACUGUUAUCCUGAAUCAUCCUGGGAUGUGUAGCUUUUGAGACUUGGGGUUAAUGUUAUACUUCUUCCACAGUCACCUGGGCGAAUGAGAAACCCCUCCAGGUGUCCACAUAUAGAAACUCUACAAAAACUGACCCUUUCAGGCUACAAACCUUUGUAGUGGACAUGCAGAAGCUGGCUAUUAAACAUUUUUUGGAGGUUAGCAGUUUUCAUGUAGAUUGGCUUGUAGAGGUAUGAGUUUUGCGGAAAUUUUCUGGGAAAUUUUGCGCUGCAGGUUCAGGUAAUUUGCAUUGGAAAUUUUUCUGAUUACCUAGAGAGAGUGGUUCAAUUUGGCAUGUUUAUUUCAGUAAUAGUGUUGUGUGUUUUUUUGUUUUGUUUUGUUUUGGUUAUUUUAACCUGCUUAAUAUUGUAUUUGCAUUUGGCAUCCAUUCAUGGUAGCUAAUGAAUUUAGGGAAUAAAAAUGUUUCCUCAGGAAAAUAAAACACCAGGAAACCUUCCACCCCAACACCAUUGCUGACUUGAAAGAUUUUAGGGGGGAUCUGAGCAGGUAAAAGUAUUGUCUUAGGUGGGCCAUUGCCCAGAGCUUGCUCUAAAGCAGGGGUAGGUAAUCUAAGGCCCCGGGGGCCGGAUGCGGCCCAAUCACCUUCUCAAUCCAGUCCACGGACAGUCCGGGAAUCAGCGUGUUUUCACAUGAGUAGAAUGUGUCCUUUGAUUUAAAAGGCAUCUCUGGGUUAUUUGUGGGGCCUGCCUGGUGUUUUGACAUGAGCAGAAUGUGUGCUUUUAUUUAAAAUGCAUCUCUGGGUUAUUUGUGGAGCAUAGGAAUUCGUUCAUUAUUUUUUUCCAAAAUAUAGUCUGGCCCACCACAUGGUCUGAGGAAUGGUGGACCGGCCCACGGCUGAAAAAGGUUGCUGACCCUUCUUCUAAAGCACAGGCUCUGUUAUGUUGAUCCUAGCAUCGUUUAGGGCAGUGGUCUUCAACCUUUUCAGGCCACCUUUUGCUCAAACAUGCACCUGGAGAUACACUUUUUAAUUUUACACCAUAGAUCUGAACAGUGGUGGUACUGCUGCUCCAACCCACCUUAGAUCAGGCCUUGACUCACCACAUGCAGAGCAGUGGUCUACGUGGAUGUCCUUAUGGAGGACUGGUGCUGCCCACUGGAGCAACCAACUACAAACUGUGCAUUGAGGAGGGGAACCCCCAUUUUAUUUGCUGCUAGUUCACUUGGAUUAGUGGGAUUGUCUUGUGGGGAGGGAGUCCCCAAAUAAUGAUGGUCAUUCAUUCUGAAUCCCCAUACCUCUUUCCUGCUUCUGUUGCUCAUCUGGAGUGACCUAGGGAUGUGUGUGCAGGAUGUGGUUUGAUCUGUUCAUCUACACCCCAUGGGUGAGGGGAACCGUGGUCCAGAACGUCUAGACUGUGCCCGGUUAGCUCCCCAGUUCUGCACUUCCUUUUGAGUCUUCGCUGUUGGGUCAUUCUGCAGCCUCUAAGCAGUCCUUGGCCUCUGUGUUGCCAGCCUCUUUCCCAACCCCUGAGGCUGCCUUAGUUUUGGAAGUUUUAGAAUGUAGAGGGACAGGAAUAUUCCUUGAGAAACGAAGCCACCUCAGUGAUGUUGGGCAGAGGAUUUUCCGCAGGAAAUCUUCUUUUGUUAUCGCUAAAAAUCUUCCUUUCUUUCGAAACACAGUACUUCAUUCAAUUAUUGCAUAAAAUUGUGAAUCUGUAACAGGUAUCGGUCAGACCUGGCAGUUGGAAUUUAUACGUUCUCACAGCCUUGUCACUAGGCUGUGGAAUUAUUUAUCAGUCUCCUGAGAGGCUGGUGGGCUAGUUAGAAUGGCAACCAAAUGGACAAAGGAUGGAGCAGUCACUCUGUCUGUCCUCCACUGGUCACCUCUGUGCAUCCUAGGUGCUUGCCCCUUGACACUGCUUGAGAAGUUAUAUGUAGGGAUUCAUUACCUGUCAAAUUUUAUCCCGAGAGAGUUUUAAAAGUGAUGCCUGAAACAAUGUACAGAGUUUAUCGUCUCACCUGUGUUCAGUGCCUCCAUUUUAAAAAUAGCAACCACCUAGAAGUAUAGGCAGUUCAGCUACCAUGCCUUAAAUUAUCUACGAAUAUUCUAAUGAGGGAAUUUCCAAGUAAAUCUCUGAAUUUGCCCAUAAUUUAAACCACAUCUCUUUUUCCCCCUUGUAUUUUUAUUGGGUAUUUCAUUGCUCUUUUUUCCUUCCUUCCUUAAUCAAAAUGAACACGGCAUCCUUUUAUAUAUAUAUAUAUAUUUGCUUUGUUUGCCAAAUAAACAUGCAAGAUCAGAUAUUGAUCUGUAUUAGGCAGUGGAAAACAUUUUCUGGAAAACCCACAUCGCCAGCCACUAGGGCACUGCUGUGUGUGUGUUUGGAGCAGGGAUAGCUCAGUCAGUAGAGCACGAGACUCUUAAUUUCAGGAUGAUGGGUUCCAACCCCAUAUUGGGCAGAAGAUUCCUGCAUUGUGGGGGGUUGAACCAGAUGACCUUUGUGGUCCCUUCCAGCUCUACAAUUCUAUGAUUAUAGGCCUCUCUGCCAAUAGAUAAGCAGGUCACAAUAUACUGGCAUUCCUCUGUUGCAGUCUCCCUGAAGACCCACUACCGCUGUGAUAAACAUGCAAUUCGUGUGCCCUGACUGGGCAAUUGGGGAGGACAGAAUGGGCAAUAUUAAUUGGGACUGCCCUGAAUUUGCAAAGAUAAAGCCUGGCUGGUUGUUCUGCGAGCAACUUGAGAAAACUCUAUAAACGUGCAUUUCAGGUUCUGUUCUCCCCCUCCCCCCUUCCCAUUAAAUAAAUGGUAUUCUGGGUAUGAGAAAUAUGGGAAAUAAUUGCUUCAUCGGAAGAGAGUUGGGGUAUUCUUUGGAAGCGUUUGUCAGAAGUCCCCAUACGUGCAGGAGGAGAAUUUCUGAACUCACGUAAACAUAUCCGUGAGUUGCUGGCUCUGUUUUCCAGAGGGGAAGUCAGCUGGCAGCCAUAACUAGGAGUGGAUGUUGUCUAAUCCAGGAUCUUUGCAGACAACUUGCUGCAUGCAGGCAGGAGGGUGUUUCUCGGUUGACCAGGGGAGAAUAGAAGGCCAGGCUCCUCCUACUAUUGAUAUACCGGGCCUGGGCAAGUCAGAGAGCUCGUAACUGGCUGCCAAUCACAAGGCUGUUUGCAUCUGUGCCUGAAGAAGGGACUGAGCACAACUCCUUUCUGAGGCCUGAACUUUAGGAGAGGCGCUUGUCUUGCAGCAGUUGAAACCAGUGGCCAGUGGUGUCGACUUUCCGGAAAUUUCUGAAUUGGGAAAAUUUUCCCUGUGCAACUUAGGGUGAUUCGAGUUGGGUAAUCGAGCGGCAGGGGAAAUUUCCCAGUUUGUGAAGGGAGAUGUCCCAGUGCCCUAGAAUGACCCAAUUUAACACGUUUGUUUUCUUUGUGUUUAGUAAAUGAAGCAACAAAGUUGCGAGCUGCCAAGUUUGCUUAAUAUUUUAUUUGUAAUCGACAUCCAUCCGCUGUUGCUAAUGAACAUAAGAAACUGAUUUUUCUGUGGGAAAACAAGCAGUGGAAAAAAUAUAUAAAAUGUUCAACCACACAUUACUGUUGGUUAUGCAGAGUGGUGGUGAACACCAGUUUAAGGUGGCUCAUAGAUUUCCUGUUGGCUUGAGCCCUCUGCACAUCUUAAAUCCUGCAGAUAAGGGCUGCGAGGCUUGCUCCCGUGGCAUGCAGCUCCCCUCCCCCAUCCUGCCCCAAUCCACACAAUAUUUGUGGGUGUCUGAGGCAAAAAAAUAAAUCGCUUUUUGUGUUUGCCUUAUUAUUAAUUUAGUAAAGUUAUAUUCCGCCCUUCCACCCAAAGGAGUUCAGGUUGGCAAUUGUUGCUGUUGUUUAGUCAUUUAGUCGUGUCCGCCUCUUUGUGACCCCAUGGACCAGAGCACACCAGGCUCUCCUGUCUUCCACUGCCUCCCGCAGUUUGGUCAAACUCAUGUUAACAGCUUCAAGAACACUGUCCAGGCAUCUCGUCCUCUGUCGUUCCCUUCUCCUUGUGCCCUCCACAUCAGGGUCUUUUCCAGGGAGUCUUCUCUUCUCAUGAGGUGGCUAAAGUAUUGGAGCCUCAGCUUCAGGAUCUGUCCUUCCAGUGAGCACUCAGGGCUAAUUUCCUUCAGAAUGGACAGGUUUGAUCUUCUUGCAGUCCAUGGGACUCUCAAGAGUCUCCUCCAGCAGCAGAAUUCAAAAGCAUCCAGUCUUUGGCAAUCAGCCUUCUUUAUGGUCCAGCUCUCACAAUAUCAGUGCAUUCUAAAAACAGUUUAGCAAUCGCAUUAUCUCAGCCAAGGUUGCCAGGAACAGUACCUUGCAGCCCUUGAAUGCCUUCAUAAAGAGGAAUGUUUAUAAAUUCCUCUUGAAAGUCUAAGGGCAUUCCACAAACUGGGAGGUGCCAAAGAGAAGGCCCUGUCAACCGGGCAGCCCCCAGUGGCGGCAUCACCUGCAAGGUUGCUCACCUGCUGAUCGUAGCGUCUCAGAUGGGGAAGGUGCUUUAUUUAGGAGCCUCGGUCCCAAGCCAUUCUAUGAAUUUCGGAGCCUUGUUGGUGCAGGUUUCUCGGAUCCAGGAAAACCACCAUGCCAAGCUCAACGUGGGAAGGCUUCCUCUCCGCGGGUAGCCCACGUGGGCUGGGGGGGGCGGGGAGCAAAUCCCUCUUUAGGUAUAUUAUGAGACCUACUCUGAACCCAUGAGCUUGAAAAUUUGAUGUUGUGGCCUACUAAUUGCUUCAGAUUAUUCAGUUUAUGGUGACUCUCCGGGGAGGGAAGUGGGUUAAAGGGGUGACAGAGAAGAUAUUGUCUCGUAAAGUUUUGAUUCUGGCUAAUUAGAUUUGUAAGUAUUUUUCAGCCCCCACUGUAGAUAGAAAUGGCUUUUUCAUGCAGGUUGCUUUGUGAUUUUGGUAACGGCUAACUCAAAAGAUUCUUCAGAAUUUUGUCAUUUUAGUAAAGAUGUCUCUGUUAACUCUUAGACGGGUGACUUGUGGUUCUCUGGUUCUUAAACAUUCUGAGCUGCCUCAGGAGUUUUUGGUGAGGAUGCAAUUGCUAUCAAAUGCUUUGUGUUGCGUGGUGCCUCUUGUUUUCCUAGAUGGAGUAGGGAGAGGACUUGUGUGUGUGUUGCACUUGUGUCCUCAGGCUUGUGGGCUUCCCUUGGGCAUCUGGUUAGUCACUGUGUUUGACUGGGUGGGCCUGUGGUUUGAUCCAGAACUGCUCUUACAUGUAGAAACUUCUAGCCUAUGUUUGGCCACUUGGUGACAGAUUGAAUCAGAGAACUAGGAGGAGAGGGAAGCUAAGAUUUCAAGCCUGGGAUUCGUAGGGGUGGAUGGGAAGAGAUGCUGAACGCUUUGCCUGUAAGAAAACUGAAAGCACUCCGUUCAAAAGCUUGAAAAAGCCACUUCCGAGUGAUCUGACAAGGAAGAGGCAAGGAUUUAUUGUAGAUGACUAGUCUCCUAGGCCUAUUAAGGUGGGUGAGUGUAAGGUUUUAUUUUUAGUAAUUGUCUGCCAGGAUGCCAUUUUUUCCCUUGCAACAACAAAAGCUGGGGUUCUCCCUCUCCACCCCCACUUUAAAUUGCAGCCUCAAUCCCAGCAUUUGAGCAAAAAUUAUUUUUUAAGCACCAGGCUAUGCCACAAAUACUCAGGAUUCUGCCCCUCCAGCCACUUGGCGGUGGCCUGAUCUUGAUCUUUAAAAAUCUUUCUCUUCUCACAUCCCACAACUGCCUUUCUAAACAAAUACAUUGAGAUAAGAUUAUAAUAGUGGACUUCCCACUUUACAUUCUUAAGCCAGUAGGUUACCCCAGCUCUUUUUGGGUUAACAAAGUACCUGGUUGUGGCUUGGAACUGUGAUAGGGCAUGAAAAUCUUUAAAAAGCUGGUCUCUUAUUCUGAGGACGAACAGCAGCCAAGCUACAGGUUACAAUCAGCACAGUUUUUAGCCCCCCUUUCUUCUGAAGAUGAAGCAGUUUUCAGACGCAAAUUGGAAGUGUGUUCUCUUUCUAGCUUUUGUUUUUUUAAGGUGGGGUGCUCAAAACCCAGAAGAUUAAAAUGGUUUAAUUGGCUGUCAGCCUUCCUUUGUGCCUGCCUGUGCAAUGGAAAGAUGGUGAUCCAACCCGAGUCAUAGUCAGAACAACCAUACCAGGCCUCAGAACCACUUUCACGGGCCGUGCUAGAUUCCCCCCCCCAAAAAAAACCCCCAUAGCUAUUGUGCUACUGGUGUGUGCAAAAUGCUUCCCCCCCACCCAUCACACGCGUAGACACACACACAUACACACACACACACUAGGUUCACCAUGGUAACGGUCUGAUUUAGGAAUAAAAUUCAGCUUUUCUCCUCCAUAAAAUGUUCCUUUCGUCAAGGGGAAGGAGUGAGAGAUGGGAUGGCAGCUCCUCCUCUUCACAGGCUGGGGAAACAAAGCGGCAGCAGUUUAAUAUUCCCCCCUCCCAAAGUAAUAUGCAGUGAGGCGUUGCUAGAAGUUGAAUGUGGAAGCAAACUGCUUGCUGUCGGUCGUAACGCAGCGCUGGCUCUGCUCCCUUUGUGAUGCUCCCACGCUGACUGCCUCGUCGUCUUCUUGUGUCCCUUUCACCCUGCCCCACCUAUUUACUCUCCAGGCACGGGAGAGAGCGGGAAGAGCACGUUCAUUAAACAGAUGCGGAUAAUCCAUGGCUCGGGCUACUCCGAGGAGGACAAGAAGGGUUUCACCAAGCUGGUGUACCAGAACAUCUUCACUGCCAUGCAGUCGAUGAUCAGGGCCAUGGAGACCUUGAAGAUCCUGUACAAGUAUGAACAGAACAAGGUGAACCGAUGCAGCUCCCAUUCCUGCAUCCCAGCCUAUACACAGCCUCCACCCCUGUUGUCUCGUUGUUGGUUGUCUGUAGUGGCAUGUAUGCUGCUCAGGAUUCCCUGAAGGGCUUGCAUCAACCCCCCUGGGGUAUCGAAUGUUCAGGGACCUGCAUCACACCUGUAGCAACCAGAAUAGUUCAUGCGCUGUGUGUGCUUAUAAUUAUUAUUAUUAUUGUUGUUGUUAUUAUUACAGUCAAACCUUUGUUGUCGAACGUAAUCCGUUCCGGAAGCCCGUUCGGCUUCCAAAAGGUUUGACAACCGAGCCGUGGCUUCCAGUUGGCUGCAGGAACUUCCUGUACACAAGCAGAAGCCACAUCGGAUGUUCGCCUUCUGAAAAACAUUUGAAAACCGGGACAUUUUCUUCUGGGUCUUCGGCAUUUGGGAGCUGACAUGUUCCAAAAUGGAGGCGUUUGGGAACCAAGGUUUGGCUAUAUUAUUAACAGGGACAUGGGUGGUGCUGUGGUCUAAACCACUGAGCCUCUUGGGCUUGCUGAUCGGAAGGUCGGCGGUUUGAAUCCCCGCGACGGGCUGAGCUCCUGUUGUUCUGUCCCAGCUCCUGCCAAGCUAGCAGUUCAAAAGCACACCAGCGCAAGUAGAGAAAUAGGUACCGCUGCAGCAGGAAGGUAAAUGGCGUUUCUGUGCGCUCUGGUUUCCGUCACAGUGUCCCGUUGCGCCAGAAGCAGUUUAGUCCUGCUGGCCACAUGACCCAGAAGCUGUCUGUGGACAAACACCGGCUCCCUCAGCCUGAAAGCGAGAUGAGCGCCGCAACCCCAUAGUCACCUUGGACUGAACUUAACCGUCCAGGGGUCCUUUACCUUUUUACCUAUUAUUAUUAUUAUUAUUAAUAUCCUACCUUUCCCCCAAGGAGCUCAAGGUGCUAUGUAUGGUUCUCUCUCUCUCCAUUUCUCCACAACAGCCCUGUGAGGUAGGUUAGUCUGAGAGACAUUGGCCACAUCCAGUAAGCUCCAUGACUGAGGGGAUUAGAACCCCUGUCUCUCACCAGUCUCCUUUACCCUGUGCCUGGUGGGGCACCAACACAGCACAUUAUUGUAUAGUGGGAUGGUCAGGGGCAGGGUCGGAGGCUUUCCUGGUAACAGUGUUGUUGUUGACGUAGUAAUUCAAUUAAUGAUUAUUUGCUGUACCUGUAUUUACUCGAGUCUAAUGCACACCUCUAUUAUUAUUUUUUUGCCAAAUUACGUUGCGAAGAUUAUGGUGCGCAUUACAUUCAAAUAAAUACUGUACGGUACUCCCAGGCGCAGAUUGGCUCCUCCCAGGCCAGGUGCGACCUCCAGGCCGGCCAUCUUGCAGGGAGGGCUUGCCUCCUAUUUUACUAGCUUCACGGCUGGCGCUCUCAGGCUGCCCAAACUCAGACGUCUGCCCCAAACGCGGCCAAGCGCCUUGCCUUGCAGCGGAGCCCAAGGCACCAGCGGGCGGGCAGGCAAGCUACGUUGAGGCUGCAGGGGGCGGGCAGAACCUAGCAGUGCAGUGGUGCCCCAGCCCAGCCGGGUGAGCGGAGCGGCACGCCCCGGCCCAUUGGUCAAAGGAGAGAGGUCAGUAGGGCUGGGCGAUAUUUGCUCGUAGUGUCUAAUGCAUGCUCCUUUUUUUGCCAAAUUGCAUUGCAAAAAUUAGGGCGCAUGUUAGACUUGUGUAAAUACAGUACAUACUGGUCUUCAUUUAAAAACAAGACAAAACCCAAAGCUGUGGUCUUGUUGUUAAGAAGAUGGUACAUUUACUUGCUUUGUGCAGGCAGUGCCGGAAUGGAUUUGUAGCAGCCGGGACUGGAUCUCCAGCUAAGGAGCAGUAGGGGUGGUGGUGGAAUGGGAUACAUGCUAGGCAGGGAGGAGGGUCCUCAGGGUCAGCCUCUUUCAAGCCCCUCUUGCUUUCUCCUCUGCGCCAUGCUGCAGGCCAACGCGCUCCUGAUCCGGGAAGUGGACGUAGAAAAGGUCUCGUCCUUUGAGCAGCCCUACAUAAGUGCAAUUAAGACGUUGUGGAACGACCCGGGAAUCCAGGAGUGUUACGACCGGCGGCGAGAAUACCAGCUCUCCGACUCUGCUAAAUAGUAAGAGCUCGCCGUCCUCUCUGUACGGCUCUCAGCACGGUUGCUGCUACACAGCGUCAUUUUGGGUCGCUGGGCUCCCCUCCCUAAAUGAAAUUGUGCCUCUGACAGUUGGUGGGGGGUGGAUGGGGGCCAGGAGGAAAGAAAGUAACUUCGUGUUUUAGUUGUUGCCAUCACACUGCUCCAAGGAGGAAGGGGUGGUGGUUGUAGUUCUUGCUACUGGUUGUGGGGGCGGGGGGGUGGACUUUAGAAAUCCAUUUUAUGUGGCUUUAAUUGAUUUAGCACUGUUAGUUGCCUUGCAGUCUCUUUAGACACGUGCUAUAAAUGAAGUUUAAUGAGUAUUUUCUUUUCGGUCCUGCCCUCCCUGAGCUUUCAGAAUGGCGAAGCUACAAGGUGGAAAUCUCAGGUAGUGGGAAUAACCUGAAGUAACAAGCCGCUUAGUUGCUUUGUAGUCUUCUCCAGGGCGGUAAACAUUAGAGGAAGGUGGCCUGGAAUUGUGGUGUUGAUGUUUAGAUAUAGAUGCAAUAGUGUUGUAGAAGCUGCAGCGUCUAAUAGUUUUAAGUUUGUGGGGAAGAUGGCCAUGGAAACUGGAGAACUAAACUUUAUGGGAGUAGUGCAGUAUUGCUCAGAAACUCUUAUUGCUCCAAAUCUGCCUCCUGCCCAACGCUUGAUCCGGUGGAAGAGGGGGGCUGGCAGCUCAGUUUAGUCUUCCAGAGCCUUCCCACCCCCCACGAUUAUAAGCAGAGGUUUAACGUGAGCAUCCUCAAAAUCAUGCACCUUGGCUGCUUGCCCCAUCCAGCCAAGGCGUAAUAAAAUGGGGUGAGGUGCUGUGCCACCGUUUUGCUCUUCACAGUCGGAAGGAAGAAUGGUGGUGCCAGCUUAUAGGAGAAUUUAAUUCAGAAUUAUGGACCACCCCACCCCCCGGGCAGGAGGGAGGGGUCUGAACUGUUUCCGUAGCCUUUGGCUUGCUUCCUUUGUGGCUCAUUCUUCCUUCCCCGCAAAUAUGCUGUAAGGACCAGGGACGUAGAAAAGCGUUCCUUUAGGGCAUGGCAAGGGUAGACUCUAAGAGUCCUGGGAGCGUUAGGACCCAUGAGAAGGAAGAUUGCUCUGCAGGCGUGAAGCUGCACGCUUAGAAACGCACUGUAUUUUUCGCUCUAUAAGACGCACCAGAUCAUAAGACGCACCUAGUUUUUGGAGGAGGAAAACAAGAAAAAAAAUAUUCACUGUGCAGCAAAAGCAGCAAUCCCUCUUGUUGUUCUGGCUUCUGGGAUAGCUGCACAGCCUGCAUUCGCUCCACAAGACGGACACACAUUUGCCCUUACUUUUUAGGAGGGAAAAAGUGAGUCUUACAGAGCAAAAAAUACGGUAAUACUAUUAGAGGCAAGGUAAUGUCGGAAAAGCGGGUGGUGGGCUUUGUUGAAUCUCGAGGGCUGAACAGGAUUCCUGAGGAUUUUGCAUGCAGCUCUUCCUCCCCCCUGGGGGAACCCCCCCCCCAGGAGUGGAAUAAUUGAGGUUCCAUACUCAAAAUGCUGAGGCUCUCGGGGCAGGAGCGCUAUACAUGGCAAGCAAACUCAGGCCACCUUCAUCUUUCCCCCCUCCCUCCUUUUUCCCCUGCACGUCCUCCUUGCAGCUACCUUACCGACGUGGAUCGUAUCGCCCUGCCAGGGUACCUCCCAACCCAGCAAGAUGUCCUGCGGGUCAGAGUCCCGACCACUGGGAUCAUAGAAUACCCCUUUGACUUAGAGAACAUUAUCUUCAGGUAACUUCCAGUGGCUUUUUUCUUUCUUUCUUUCCUCGGAGCGUUUUUACGUUUCACAUACUCCCCCCCCCCCCCAAAGCUGCUUCCAUUUAAAAUGAAAGCCCGGCUCAGUUAAGGCAUUGAGUUAGCGGGCUUCUGGAAAGUCGGUCACACGGCUGCCGCUUCCGACCCUUUCUUCCCUCUUCUGAGUCAACAAGUCGUGCUGUUGGCAGGAGCAAAGGCAGGAGAGGGUUUUCCCCCGUGAAGAGACGGUGUGGCCUGCGUCUUUGAAGGCUCUCCACAAACACGGAGCCACCGCCACAACCCAUCUGUAGCGGUACAGUCCCAAGGACAUAGGAAAAGCCCUGCAGCUGGGUGAGGCCAGAGACCCAUCUGUUUGAAGAUCCAGUUCUGCAGUCGGAAGCCUGCAAACAGCGAGUUCCCACUUUAGUCCUGCAGCAGCUGGUAUUCCGAGACACGCCUGCCUCUAAAAGCAGCCCUUAACAUGUGGAAUGCCCUUCCUCCUGAUAUCAGGUGGACAGCAACUGUUGGCCAUCGUCCACCCAAUCAAUUGAAGCCUCUUUUUCUAGGCCAGAGCUUUCCAAACUUUAACUGUUGGAGUCACGCUUUUUAGACAUGCAUCAUUUCAUGACACAGUGAUUAGGUUUUACAGUGGUACCUCGGGUUAAGUACUUAAUUCGUUCCGGAGGUCUGUUCUUAACCUGAAAUUGUUCUUAACCUGAAGCACCACUUUGGCUAAUGGGGCCUCCUGCUGCCGCCACGCCGCCAGAGCCCGAUUUCUGUUCUUAUCCUGAAGCAAAGUUCUUAACCUGAAGCACUAUUUCUGGGUUAGCGGAGUAUGUAACCUGAAGUGUAUGUAACCUGAAGCAUAUGUAACCCGAGGUACCACUGUACUAGCAAACCAGAGGUUGAACUAAACCCUUUCCAGCACGGGGAGCGUUUGCGCGACACACCUAACGGACGCAGUAGCGUGUCACAACACAGAGUUUGGAAAGUUCUGGUCUAGGCUUUUCCCUGACCACUAAUACUGAUAGUCCCUGUUGCCUGUGGUUAAUGGGGUGCUAAUAAGUUUCAUAAAAUUUAUACACCUCUUGAUUUUAUUUACUGCUUGAUUUGUAUAGUACUUCAAAGCUGUUUGCCAAAACAAAAAAAUUGUUAAUAUAAUAAAUAGAUGAUAAUUUAAGACUUUUAAACAGUUCAAAACUAAACUGAAAACAGAUGAUAACUCUCCACAACAUCUGGGUAGGCUUGUCUAAGCAAAAAUGAAUUUAGCAGGCACUGAAAAAGAGUGAAGUGGAAGUUCCUGGUGCCAAUAGGCAGGGAGUUCCAGAGGGCAGGUACUUGGAAGUGCCCAUGACAGUUCUCCUCAUGGAGAACCGAUUCCUGCAGAAAACAGGCUUGAAGCCACCGCCCUGCAGCUGGGAGGCAGUGAGGUCGAGCGCUGCUGAUUGGUGGUGCCUCAGAGCACUGUUCAGCGCUCCUCAGAAACCCUGCGUGGUGCAUUGAAGUCCCAACGAGCAUCACUUGAUGUCAUGGUUUUGUCGGGCAUUGCUGGGUUCUUCCUCGUGCCCACAUGUCCAGUUUGGCCCGUGAGGGGUAGGGGAGAUGUCUUCCAAAGGGGGGGGGGGAGCAAACAAACCUCAGACUUGUUCCUGCUCAGUCUUUUCUCUCUUCCCUCCAACCCAAAAGCAAGUAUAAAAUGGCGUAUUGCGUUUUUAACUUAAUGGACUGGAAAUCUCUCUGUGUGUGUUAAAGAAGACCUGCCCUUUUUCUCCCUUUCAGAAUGGUGGAUGUUGGGGGUCAGAGGUCAGAACGGAGGAAAUGGAUACACUGCUUUGAAAACGUAACCUCCAUCAUGUUCCUAGUAGCUCUUAGUGAAUAUGACCAAGUUCUGGUGGAGUCCGAUAACGAGGUAAGCACAACCCCUCGCAGCACGUAAGGGGUGGCGUGUGGCCGUUGGGUGGUCCCAGCAACGGCAGAAAUGUGCAUUUGCAGAUUCUGGAACUAUUUCUAAAAUGUUUGGGGUUGUCGGCCACUCGUGUGCUGUGGGCCAGGACUUACCUGUCUGUUUCCCAACAGCCUAAAGUAGCAGUAAGCCAAAUUCCUCACCCUGGGUGGCUAGACAUUUCGGAAAGUGAUCUGCUUGAGGAAGGGGAGUGUCUGUGCACCAGCUCUGAACUUGUUCUCCAGGGAGGAGUCCAGCUUCCCCCCACCCCCCAAAAUGCUAUACAUGUCCCUCAAAACUUGCAAAGAGGGGGUGCCUCAGAGGGUGGCGUGCUCUUGCUUGGCAAGUGGUUCCUCCAGACCAGGGGUCUGCAACCCACGGCUCCGGAGCCGCAUGUGGCUCUUUUACACCUUUGCCGCGGCUCCGGGGUGGCUACUAGCGAGGGGAGGAGGCGCAUUGUGCGCCCCGACACUCCCCACUGUGGUGGGCGCUGUAUUGGCUGUGACGUCGCAUGGGGGCGGUGCGUGCGUUAGUCAUGCACCGUUCCGACGUCACCUUCCCGCCUGCCCGCUACAUUGUAAGGGGCAUGUACGCUGGUCACUGUUUUGAAGGGGAGUGAAGAACACACACACACAAAAAGGUAACUUGUUCAUUUAAUGUUUAUUUCUAUGAGGAGGAGUAAUUCUGAGGGGUCAAACAAAGAAAUAAUUUUAAAAAGUGACAAAAAAGUUAUUUUUAUAAUGACGAGUUUUGCGGCUCCCAGGUUUUUUUUUCUUCGGAAACGGGUCCAUGUGGCUCCUUUUGUCUUAAAGGUUGCAGACCCCUGCUCCAGACUGAAAAUGGCACCCCUCCCGUCCAAAAUGAAAGGGCAUCUCGGAGUUCUCCGUGGUGCCAGAUGUCUGUGACAACCUCUCAUUUUGUGCUAGGAGCAGCAGCGACGACGGCUCGUUUCCCAUCUGUGCAGGGAGGGGCACGAGCAGUAAUAAAACGUUGGGUGUGGGCCAGGGGUGGCCACUGGGCCUCCCGACUUGACCAUCUGUGCCCCACAGGAGGGGCAGGAAAGGCUUUCCCUGCAUUCGUGUUAAGCUCCGAGGGUCCUGGAAGGGUGCAGGAUUUCUCUAAGACGGAAGUCGCAUCAAACUGUCGGUGGCUCUUCCCUCUUCUCCCCCCCCCCAGCCUUGCCGUACACGCUCCUUGCACAUGAAAGGGUGAGGGACCAGCCCUGUGUACACACUCGUAACACAGCUUUGGCAGCCAGGCAUGGCUCGAGCCCUCCUGGCGCUUGCCUGACACCAGUUGUUUCUGCCUUGGUUUUCUCGCACUGCUUAAAAGUUUCCUUUUCCUUUUAUUGGAAAAAAAAGUGGGGUGAAACCUGGCUGGUACUGGUGGGUGGAUUGAUGAGGGCAAUGGAUCCGACAGAGGGCAAUGUCCACGUGAACAGAUCUGCAAGUCGCAAGUAAUGCUACUUAGGAAAGCUCUGUUAGGUUACCUUUACUAACGCAUCACAGUAGGCUUUUUCAUUUCUUAUUCAGUUUGCCCCGGGCUAAAGACUUUGGGGGGCGCGGGUGGCGCUGUGGUCUAAACCCCAGAGCCUAGGGCUUGCUGAUCAGAAGGUCGGCAGUUCGAAUCCCCGCGACGGGGUGAGCUCCCGUUCCUCGGAUCUCUGCUCCUGCCCACCUAGCAGUUCGAAAGCACGUCAAAGUGCAAGUAGAUAAAUAGGUACCGCUCUGGCGGGAAGGUAAACGGCGUUUCCGUGCGCUGCUCUGGUUCGCCAGAAGCGGCUUAGUCCUGCUGGCCACAUGACCUGGAAGCUGUACGCCGGCUCCCUCGGCCAAUAAAGCGAGAUGAGCGCCGCAACCCCAGAAUCAGCCACGACUGGACCUAAUGGUCAGGGGUCCCUUUACCUUUUAAGACUUUGGGAGUGAAGAAAACCUGACUGCCGAUGGACCGCUCUAUCAGAACAGCUGCUUUAAAGCAUACACCGCAGUGGCCUAGAUGUAACUGCGGCAGGAAGCCUCCAUCUCCCCCUGCAUCCCUGUUAAAAGGAGUUUUUUAAUUGCGGGGUGUUUUUGAAAGGGGACCACGUGGCACAGUUGCCCGCUCUUCUGUGCGGCCAUUGCUCUCGAGUUGGGGGUCAGCAGAAGCCGCUGGUGGCGCCAGCUGCCCACCCCAUCCACUGCUGGGUGAUUUGCAGAAGAGCUGCGAGGGUUCUUGACUUCCAGCUGUGUUUAUCAAUGGCGGGAACAAAAAACUGUCCCGGCCUCCUCUCGGUUGGACUGAUGAAAUGAAGAAAGCUGUGGGAGCGAGGGCGAGAGGAGAAGGACCCGGGAGUGUGAAAGGACUGUGUGCUCAGUUCUUGUGCUGAAAGGAAAUUGUUAGUCUGAGUGUGCUUGCUGUUCCUGGACUCUACUCCCCUGCCAAGACACUAUUUUGCACCAGGUUCCUGUUGGUGUGUCUCUGGAACCUGCUAAAAUAGCUUCCGCAAGGCUGAAAUGUGCCCGACAGCGCUUUUGAGUUGGUUCUCUCUCUCCCUCCUUCCUCCCCACUCCCUCUAGUAGCCCGUAGACUCGUCUGCAGACUGUCAGAAACUGGAUGAAAUUAUGCGCACCCCUGGGGGAAACUAGAUUUCGCCUGGGUCAGAGGAAAUGGGGCUACUGUUCCUUCCAAAUUUAGCAUGCCUUCUAAAAUCGUUCCCCUGACAGAGAGCAGGGUGAGGUGGAAGGAGUCCGCUUUUGGGGGUGGGGAGUUUGCUUUUUGAAACCUUGCUGGCAUACUUAGUUGCCUUGGCAGGUUUGGUUGUAUCGCAGGGCCUGAAUUUGAGAAAUAAAUAGCACUCUCCACUUUCUGCGGCAGUUGUUAGCCCUUUACCAAGGUUGUUUUAGCUCUCUCUGCGUUCAGCCGUUUGGCAGAAGCAUGUUCUGCUCUCUGCUGGUCCUGGAUUUCCAAAUCUGUAUUUAGACCAGAUUAUUUGACUCUCAUGUUUUUAAUUUGCGAUUCAGCUUUACUGUGCAUCACCCCAGAGAGGGAACGUUUUGCGGGGGUGGCGGGGUGACAAUAAAAAUAUCUCCUACUCACCGUGUGGGGUGGAAAAUCUCCCAUUCCUUAAGUUUUCAUCUGUCAAAAUGAAUGGGUGCUAAUUGCAGGUACUGUGUUAGGUAAGCUUGGUGGUUUCAAAGCUCUUCGUUUCGUUGACUAAAUGCACGUAAAAUAAAUGGACUCACUGAGAUCCCGUUGGAAAAUUUUCUGGUGCAAACUGGAAAAAAAUUAAUUGAAAUACUGCGCACGUUUUCCAAUUUGAAAUUUUCCAGGCAACCCACAAAGCUGCAUUUUCUCUCUCAAUUAACUAGGGCAGGGGUGGGAACGCAUGGCCUUUAGGAUGCUAGCAAUCCCCAGCAGCCUAGAGGGGUCAGGAUUGAUGGGAAUUGUAGUCCUUCAACACUGGCUCCCCUUCCCUGACCUGCGUGAGAUUGCACAACUCCUUAUUUGCUAAACGUUACUGGCAUACAGUGGUACCUCGGGUUACAUACGCUUCAGGUUACAUACGCUUCAGGUUACAGACUCCACUAACCCAGAAAUAGUGCUUCAGGUUAAGAACUUUGCUUCAGGAUGAGAACAGCAAUCAUGCAGCGGCAGCAGGAGGCCCCAUUAGCGAAAGUGGUGCUUCAGGUUAAGAACGGUUUCAGGUUAAGAACGGACCUCCGGAACGAAUUAAGUACUUAACCCGAGGUACCACUGUAGUUUGAAAGUAGUUACAGGUGAAAUCUCGGGCACAGGUGAAAAUGUGGCGAUAACAGAAAAGGCAAGCAGCUGGGCAUUGGCUAUCUCCUGUUUGCCACGUUAAGCCAGAUAAGGUUUUAAUAUGAUUUUGGGCAAGAUCUUUGUACUCAGCCCUUGUUUCUUCAUUGUCCUGGUGGUACCAGUGGCCCAUAGCUGAGGGCGCCUGGUGUAAAAGUAUGCCUAUUCUCUCUACCGCUUUAACAACACACACACACACACACACCACCGGUGAUGCAUUUUAUCUCUUACCUUGUUGCAACCGUGACACCUCGAACCCCUCUUUUUCUCCUGGCAGAACCGUAUGGAGGAGAGCAAAGCCCUUUUCAGGACCAUCAUCACCUAUCCCUGGUUCCAGAACUCCUCCGUCAUCCUUUUCCUCAACAAGAAGGAUCUGUUGGAAGACAAGAUAAUGUACUCUCAUCUCGUGGAUUAUUUCCCAGAGUUUGAUGGUAAGAAACAUUUAUUUUUUAAAAAACAACACCCCGCUCUUACCAGUCUCUCUAAAACAGACUUGAAGUUACAAGAAAAUAGAUUCUGACUUAAACAUCAGGAAGAACGUUCUGACAGCGAGAGCCGUUCGGCAGUGGAACGGACUCCCUCGGGAGGUUGUGGACUCUCCUUCCUUGGAGGUUUUCAAGCAGAGGUUGGACGGCCAUCUGUCUUGGCUGCUUCAGUUGCAAUUCCUGCACUGCAGGGGGUUGGACUGGAUGACCCUUGGGUAUCCUUUCCAAUUCUGAUUCAGGUGUUUUGGGUCACAGCUCCCAUCUGUCCCAGCCAGUGCUGUUUAGGGCCGAUGGGAGUUGUGAUCCAAAACAUCUAGAUCAGUUUUCUCAACCUGUGGGUCCCCAGAUGUUGUUGAACUACACAUCCCAUCACCCCUAGCUAGCAAGGCCAGAGCUCAGGGACGAUGGGAGUUGUAGUCCAACAACAUCUGGGGACCCACAGGUUGAGAACCGCUGAUCUAGAUGGUAUUAAAGUGGGGAAGGAGAACUGGAGAGAACGCCAAUACAGUGGUACCUCGGGUUACAGACGCUUCAGGUUACAGACUCCGCUAACCCAGAAAUAGUGCUUCAGGUUAAGAACUUUGCUUCAGGAUGAGAACAGAAAUCGUGUUCCGGCGGCAGCAGGAGGCCCCAUUAGCUGAAGUGGUGCUUCAGUUUAAGAACAGUUUCAUGUUAAGAACGGACCUCCGGAACGAAUUAAGUAGUUAACCCGAGGUACCACUGUAUAUAUCACAUCUGGCAACCACUGGGCCCCUUUGGUUUCAGACAGUAGGUAGCCUCCUUGGCUUUUAUUAUUUAUACCCUGCCCAUCUGGCUGGGUUUCCCCAGCCACUCUGGUUGGCUCACAGCAAAUCUAAAAACAUCCAACUGUUAAAAACCUCCCGAUACAGGGCUGCCUUCAGAUGUCUUCUAAAAGGUGCGUAAUUCUUUAUCUCCUUGACAUCUGAAGGGAGGGCUUUCCACAGGGAGAGGGGCCACCAUAAUAAGUAGCAGUAACAAUGAAGUCGUGCAACGACCAUGAAAACAAUUUACACAGUCCCAUCAACUGCAACACCACUCGAGAGAGACGGAGAGAGAAUUCAGAUAUAAGCCCCUUGAAAGAAACAAAUAGGUCUUUCUAAGGCCUCCAAAAUGCAGGUAGCGCUGUGGGUUAAACCACAGAGCCUAGGACUUGCCAAUCAGAAGGUCGGCAGUUCGAAUCCCCGCGAUGGGGUGAGCUCCCGUUGCUCGGUCCCUGCUCCUGCCAACCUAGCCGUUCGAAAGCACGUCCAAGGGCAAGUAGAAAAAUAGGUACCCCUCCGGCGGGAAGGUAAACGGCAUUUCCGUGCGCUGCUCUGGUUCGCCAGAAGCGGCUUAGUCCUGCUGGCCACAUGACCCGGAAGCUGUAUGCCGGCUCCCUCGGCCAGUAAAGCGAGAUGAGCGCCUCAACCCCAGAGUCAGCCACGACUGGACCUAACGGUCAGGGGUCCCUUUACCUUUUAAGGCCUCCAAAAAGACUGGCUUGUGGUAGUUUUCCAGAGGUAGAAGGCCUCAGGUUGAACUGUGGGCAUAUCCUCGGAGGGCUGAGAGCCCCAUGUCUGAAACUCGAAAAAGGCGGUCCAGGCAGGACCAAGCUAGAAGGGCCCAAUUGUCUUGGCUCUGCAUGAGGCAGCUUCCAAGGUCCCUGACACUUUGCCCUCCUAUCUCGAAAGUCUGCCAGGGGUUUGGGUAGUCUGGCUGGACAGGCAUGUGGGCCACGUGAUCUCUUGCAUAGGCCAUAAUUGAACUGCAAGAGGGGUCAGCAAACGUUUUCAGCAGGGGGACAGUCCACUGUCCCUCAGACCUUGUGGGGAGCCAGACUAUAUUUGGGGGCGGGGGGGAAAUGAACAAAUUCCUGUGCCCCACAAAUAACCCAGAGGUGCAUUUUAAAUAAAAGCACACAUUCUACUCAUGUAUAAACACGCUGAUUCCCGGACCAUCCGCAGGCCGGAUUGAGAAGGCGAUUGGGCCGGAUCUGGCCCCCGAGCCUUAGUUUGCCUACCUAUGUCAUAAUACCUCAGCCAAGGUACAUGGGGCCCUGCCGGUUUAAACACCUCCCUGUAGGAACCAAACAGUUUCUUCACCACAAAAUCCCCUUAGGAGUUGGGAUGCUUCUAAAAACUAUGCCUCUGCGGUUGGUGAUUGCCACCAUCUUGACAUGGCUUUGAGAAAGGAUCAGGCAUACUCCUGGACCAAGUUCCUCAUCCCUAGCUAGCAGGACCGGUGGUCAGGGAUGCUGCUAUGGGGAGACAGUGUUGAGGGGUGCUCAGCUCGUACAGAUCAGUUUGGCCUAUCUCGCUUCUCCUCCACAUUAGCCGCCAGUCCCUUUGUGUUUAUGUAAAUGCAUAGACUUCUUUCCACCUAUAAAAUCUCGGUUUGCAAAUAGGGCCGUUAAAAUUGACCCAUAGCAAUCGAAACCCCCAGGCGGUGAUUUAAUUUUCGGCAGUGACGUUAAACCAGAAGCAAUACUGCCGCCUCUCAAAUCUCAGCGGUUGGGGGGACGCCAGGGUAAACAUGAGUGGGAAUCUCCUAAUUGGAGCCAUUGUUUUCCUCCUUGUCCCCACCCCAUGUUUUCUCUUUUUUUCCCCAAGUAAAUUUUUAUUGUUUUCCUUACAUAUUCUUUUCCAACAAACCAUAUUAAUGCCAUACAUUCCCUUUGACUCUGCCGAGUCGCGACUCCCCUCCCUCCCUGCAAUUGGUAUAUUGAGAGUUUUUUUGGAUUGAUAUCCUGGCUUUCACUCACCCUAAGGAGUCUCAAAGCGGCUAACAUUCUCCUUUCCCUUCCUCCCCCACAACAAACACUCUGUGAGGUGAGUGGGGCUGAGAGACUUCAGAGAAGUGUGACUGGCCCAAGGUCACCCAGCAGCUGCAUGUGGAGGAGCGGGGAAGCGAACCCGGUUCCCCAGAUUACGAGACUACCACUCUUAACCACUACACCACACUGGCUCUCUUUCUAUUGUGCACAUCAUUCUCACAUUAGUACUAUUAUACAUUGAAGGUAUUAUGUCAAUCCUGCUAGUGUCUUGACUUCUUUACAAUUCUCCUUUAAAUAUUCAAUAAAUUUACUCCAAUUAUUUUGGCAUCUUUGAUCUUCCUGGUCCCGGAUCCUCCCUGACAAUUUGGCAAGUUCUGCAUAUUCUGUCAACUUCACCUGCCACUCCUGGAUGGUUGGUACGUCAGCCCCAUCCCAUGUUUUCUGUCUCCAACCCCAUCCCAUGUUUUCUUGUCUCUCCUCAGGCCCCCAGAGAGACGCCCAGGCGGCUCGGGAGUUCAUCCUCAAGAUGUUUGUGGAUCUAAACCCCGACAGCGACAAAAUCAUCUACUCUCACUUCACAUGUGCCACAGAUACGGAAAACAUUCGGUUUGUCUUUGCUGCCGUCAAGGACACCAUCCUCCAGCUCAACUUGAAGGAAUAUAACCUAGUCUGACCUUCAUUUGCCUGCCCUCUUCUUCCCCACCACCCCCCCGCCCCCCCGCCCCCCCCCCCCAGGUAUCCUCGGGAGACCUUUUGUUGUGAAGAAAGUUAAAAGACGAGAGAACCCCGUGAAUUUAAACAAAACAGAAAAAAUUGUACAGGGGGGGGGAAGAAUCUUGAUUUUUAAUGAUGUAAUGAUUGCAAAUUGAUCUGUGGAGUGGCAAGGUCUUUGGGGUUAUUUUCGUUUCGUUUCGUUUGCUCACUUGUCAUCAUGGAGUCUCUGUCUGCUCCACAGAAUAGCUGGUGGUGAUGAUGAUGAUGAUGAUGAUGAUUUUUUUAAAAAACAAACAAAUGUGCUUUUAUUUCACAGUUUUAAAAAAAACAACAGGGGACACGUUUCCACACUCUCUCUCUCUCGCACUUUGUUAAUUUCCCGCUUUCUGGUCGACAGCCCAAGGCGAGCCUUCCUCUCGGACUCUGUCCUUCUGCGUUAGCCAAUUCUUACUGUUCCUUUCUGUUCCAGCGAUAAGAUGGGAGUCCGCAGGCUUCUUGGCCAAGGCCUGGCAAGCACUCUCUCUCUCGCUUGGCCGUGGAAGAUACUGGGUGCUCCUUUGUACCUUCGCCUCGCGUGCCGUACGAUUCCCCUGGAGCAGCUUUGCUUUUCUGCCGGGGAACUUUGGCGUCUCCUGCCCAAAAAGGACUUGGGGUUACCUGGAUGACACCUUGGGAAGAACAGGAGCUUCUGUCUCUUUUAACAGUAGUGCAAAAAAAACCAAGCUAUCUCUUUUCCUUCCUCUUUUUUUUUUGUACCACCUUAGUAUAGAUGCUCUUCCCUUCCUUAUCAAUUAUGAAAGUUAUAUUGAGACUGUGAUUUUUUUUUUUAAAUUAUUGUACUAUAUAUAGUUUGCUACAUCAUAACGCUGUACUUUUGUUGUUGUUGUUCAUAGACUUACAAACCGAGCGAUAGCUAACGAGCCUGCGGGGGGCGGGAGGCGGGGAAGUGCCUGAACGUUGUUGUUGCCGUAUUAUCUUUUUAAGAGAAAAGUAAGCUCGCCGUAGGGAGUUUCCUCGCCCGGCGGGAGGACUCUGCCUGUUUCGCAUGGCGGGGGAGCGGAGCCAGAAUUGGGUUGUGAGAGAGAUCUGAGGUUCUGAUUUAUUCUCCUAGAUCCUCUCCCUCGCCCAUAUGAGUGUGUGCAACAUGCCAACAACCGCUUGGGUUUGUAAGACAAACCCCCCCCCCCAAAAAAAGUGUCGAUCCUUCAGGGGAAGGAUCCACCAGGUUUUGUGGCUUGCAGAGGCUUCUUCUUUUAUCUUGGAAGGUUCUAGGAAAAGAGUCGGAAGCUCUCUGCAACCGUUUGCCACCUCAUUUGCCAGGGCUAGUGUGAGCGGUAGCUACCACUUAACCUCCCGCGCCCCUUAAACUUCCAAAAGCUUUGUUACCGGAAGCAGUUGCACAGGUAUUUAUUCCGGGGGUGGGAAGCCCACCUGCAGCGGCGGCAGGCCAGCGUCGGAACUGGCGAAUCUGCUUUGGCCGAGACAGCGGUUUCAGCUUUUCAAAGCGGGGCAAGAAGAAGAGGUUCCGCUCCCGGACUCUCUUGUGCCAAAACGUGUUCUGCAAAGCCUGCUUUUUGGAAGCCAGCAGGAGACGGUGCCAAAAAAAAAACCCCCACACAGCCAACCCCGAUGAGAAAUUCUUCGCUGGUUCGCCAGGAAGGAGAAUCGCCACGGGGCUGGAGCAAGGGACGUUUUCGCGAGGGCAGGCGAGCUUUUUCAGUCGCGCCCUCUGGAUGCGAGGAAGUAAAGACAAACACUAAUGUGGCUUCAGGAGCGCUCACAGCCAAUUUCUCAGACGCUACGGAGGACAGCCUGAGACUUCUACGUAUUUCCGAACGGCCAGGUUGGGCCAGCAAAGGGAGUGUCAAAUGUGCUUUUAAACGUCGCUUAGGGCAACACUAGGUAAACUUCUUUUUGCAUUUUUCUCUCGACACUACUAAAAAACCCUAAUUGCACGUGGAUACCUGCAGCAUUCCAGGGGGGGGUUGAGGCGCAGAGUGCUGCCUCCAGGUUUUUCUGGGUCUGCUCCACGUCACCAAACACUACAGAAGAAAGCAGAAAUGAGCCGUAUUUCUUCUUUCGUUGCUUUUGGUUUUUUGGAAGGGGAUUCCUGGCUUCUCUCUCACACCCAGCACCACGAGCCUGAUAAGUUCUUCACUUGGGAGACGGAGGAGGAGGAGGAGGAGGAAUCCCAUGCACGCUGAGAGGUCCUGUUGAGUCGAUGAAAGGCAAGGCAGCCUCUGCUUUCUAGAAUAACAUUCCUGAUUUUGUCUAAAUGUGUGUGGGGUUUUUUGGGGUGGGGUGGGGAGUGACAACGGUGAGGGAGGGGAGGGCCUUCCUGCUUAGGCCAGGACAACCAUGUCAGUUUUUGUCAUCUUGCCAACUCUACAAGGGGAAGUUCUGCAGUUGCAAACGUGCCAUGGCUUUCCUCUCGCCGUCGCUCCCCUGGAGUCUUUUGCACACCUCGAUCUGCAACGUCCGCUGCAGGCAUUGGACGUGUGUACCUGAGAAAUCUAGGAGCCGGGAAGCCAGGUUCUUGAGCUUAGCGUUUCUCGUAUUGACUCUUUCGGGGGGCCGCGCUCCCUACCUGAAUCCGGCUUGGCUUGUCGAACGGUGGUGGCCCUCUGCAGAGAAAUAUCCGUUGGGCGACCAUUGAUGCCGCAGAUUCGAGGGCGGAGCGGGAUUCGCGCUCGUCGCGAAGGCGAUGUUGGUUCUUGCAAGCGACACCCGCCCACCCCCACUCGGGUGCUGUUGCGAAGCCUCCUUUUACGGACCAGCUUUUGCGAUGGGCCUGGUCAUCACUUGCUCUCAAUGUGCCAAAGCCAUCCCACAACGUCGUCCCUCUUUCCCCAGCUCACCCGACGGGAGCUGGUUUGGGGUUUCAGAUGUGCCAGACCUGGGAGUUCUCGCGUGUGGUGGUGGUGGAGAAACUCGAAAAAAGAAAAAGGAAAAAAAAAAGCCAAGAUGAAGGAGCAACCUGUUGACCAAGUUCUGAUCACAGUGCACUUUAAACGGGAAAAAAACCCAAGCCCCACUGAAGAGGCACCUGCUCUCAAACCCCAUCACCUCCUUUUAGGAAGAGGAUUGUCAAAAAUACACACCCGCCAUCAUUCCAUUUCCUUGUGAUCAGCCCCUCCGGCAAACCACCCCUCCCCCUCCAACUUCCACCGUGUCUUCCCUUUCCCUUCCCGGAAGCGAAGAAUUAUUUGUUUGUUCAUUGCCUUCAGUUGCAUGUUUAGUUCAUCCUCUGCACACUGUUUUUGUUUUGCUUUUUAUAACUACUUUUAAAAACAAAUGCUUUCCCCCUACUUCUGGCCAUUAAUUUGUACUACGCUUCACUGAAAGCAAAAAGGUGGUUUUGAGUCCAACAGAGGUUCAAGUCUGUAACUCAGUACUCUCUGUAUGUAUGUGUGUGUGUGCGUGUGUGUGUGUGUGUAAAUUUUUUUUAAGCGUUUAUGGUUUGUGCCAAUGCCCCAUACUUCUUUUUUUUCUCCCCCUUUAGUUACCAGAGACUCUCUCUUACAAGUGUGGUGAAAAAUUAUUUGGUUAUACUUGUAUAUUAUAAGAGAUCCUGAUUUAAAAAGAAGAAACAUUUAAACAUCCUAUUUAAAGAGAACGGAAACUACUAUAUAUAUUAAAAAAUGCUGUUUUUAAAAGGGAGGGGGGAAACCUUUUCGUCAUUUUGAAAAUUGCAUGUGAUGUUUAACGCGUGAGGGGGCGGGGGGGUGGGAGGGGAUUCUGAAUCAUGUGGCCCGGGAUCAGUUUUUUUGGCCCCCCGUCCUUGUCUCUCUCUUUAUUUCUGUCCAGUCUGUGAGGCAGGAUCGGGGCCUUCCCGGAACCCAUCAGUUUCUCUCGUCUGCUGGGUGCUGACCCUCGUUGUUUAGAAGUACCUGAUGGAAAUCAAUUUUCAUAUCUUUCUCCUGAAAUAAAAUUGUUUGAAAUUGGAAUAAAAUCUGUUCCUUACCAAAAAACAACAACAAAAAAACCCCCUAA